AUGGCCGCACCUCAGUGGAAUGAGAGUCAGUACAAGGCCUACCAGGGAGUUAUGGAUGCUUUCCACAAUUACGAGAACCUGGGUGGGUUCUUCGUUGGUAACGAGGUUCUGACCUCGCCGGACACCGAUGUUGCUGCGCCGUUUGUGAAAGCUGCCGCUCGUGACAUGAAGGCGUACCGUGAUGCAGAUGUCGCCACUCUCCGCCCGAUGCUGCAGAACUACCUCGCUUGUGGCGAAGACACCUCGGACGCCGUCGACUUCUACGGCCUCAAUGCUUACGAGUGGUAUGCUGCAAAACAUCCAACGCACUUGCAUGAACGCAUCAGACUACAACAUCCCAAUCUUCUUCUCCGAGACCGGCUGCAUAGUCGAGCCGCCCCGAACCUUCGACGACCAAGCGGCGAUCUUCGGCGACAAGAUGACUCUGCAACCGCUGCCAGCGGCGCCGACGCACAGUACGGCCGGAGCGGCACACCAAAGCCUAUCAACCCGGACUUUGAGAAUCUAAGCCAGCACUGGGCUACACUGUCUCCGACUGGAGUCCGCGCGGAUGACUACAAACCUUCGCUCACUCCGCCGCCGUGUCCGGACUUCACCAGUGGCGCUUGGGCUGCUCAACCGGAAGAGAGUGGUGACGCUACCGCUGUUGACGCUGAGAGCGGUUCGACUGCUAGCGACGGCGCUGAGGCUAGCCCGACCAGCGGUGCAUCUCUGCGCGCCGAGUCGUCCUUGUUCCCUGGAUUGCUGCUUGGAUUCGCGGGCUUUGUUUGGGUGUCUGCUGCACUCAUGGCUGGCCUCUUGAUCGUCAUGAGAGAUGCAAAAGAUGGAGGAUGCGGUAUGAACACUGUGGCAAAUGAGCGAGAUGAGUUCGAAGAGCUAAUAGCAAGAUGA